AUGUCCGCCGAGCCAGUACCCGUUACCAGCGUCGCCCUGGAUAAGGCGACUUCUUCGCCCGGUGUCUGGGAUCGCAUCACCAAGUACGUCUCGGAAAACAAGGCCGUUGUUUAUGCCACGGCCGCUGCGGUGAUCGUUGUCGGAGCUGGUGGUGUCUACUACUUGCACUCAAAAUCGUCCGACGGAUCGGCGCCCUCACCCAAGCCAACGAAGAAGCAGCGGAGAGCGGAGCGAAAACAGAAGCACGAGGAGCGUUUGGCGGAGGAGAAGGAUCAGGUUGACGAGAAGCCAUCGAAGGUUGAGGAGGUUGCACAGACACUUGCGGAGGACAAGAAGGUGGAGACUCCAGCGCCGACCAUGGCUACCCCCGAACCAGUUGCUGGAACCGAUGGUUUGCCAGAGAUCACUGAGGAGAGUGUUGCGGCUAUGACUCCCGAGCAGCGUGCGGAGUUCGCCACCCAACUCAAGAGCGCCGGUAACAAGGCGUACCAGAAGAAGGAGUUCGAGACCGCUAUUGCCUGCUACUCUCGUGCUAUCAUCUGCAAGGCGGAUGACCCCGUUUUCUGGUCCAACCGCGCUGCUUGUUACGCAGCCAAGAGUGACCACCAGAAGGUGAUUGAGGACACUACCGCUGCGCUCAAGUUGGACAGCAUGUACAUCAAGGCUCUUAACCGUCGUGCGGUCGCUAGCGAGGCCUUGGGCAAGAACGGCGACGCGUUGUUGGAUUUCACUGCGUCGUGCAUUAUGGACGGUUUCACCAACCAGACUGCUCAGAUGGCUAUCGAGCGUUUGUUGAAGAAGGUCGCGGAGGAGGAGGCUGCCCAGAUCUGGUCUACGCGUGAGCAGAAGUUGCCCAGCCCGACAUUCGUCAAUGCGUACAUGGAUGCGUUCAGGAGGAAGGAUGCACCGAUGAUCGAGUCUGCUGAUGCUGAGUCUGGCGAUGCAAAGUUGAAGGCGGCUAUCGAGGCUUUGGAGCGCAGGGAUUACGAGAAGUCGAUGAACUUGUUCGACGAGGCCAUUGAGAAGGGCUGCUCUCACUUGGCUUUGGCAUACUCAUGGAAGGGAACCUUUGAGUUCAUCAUGGGCAAUGCCCAGAAGGCUAUGGAGUACCUUGACAAGUCCACUGAGCUCGACCCAGCUUUGGUCCAGAACUACGUCAAGCGCGCAUCUGUCCACAUGGAGCUCGGUGAGCGCGAGAAGACUUGGGAUGACUUUGACAAGGCUAUUGAGGUCAACGCGGAGGAUCCUGAUAUCUACUACCACCGCGGUCAAGUCCGCUUCAUCACUGGUGAGUAUGCUGCUGCUGCCAAGGACUACCAGAGAUCGAUUGACCUUGACAAGAACUUUGUCUUCUCCCACGUUCAGUUGGGUGUCGCUCAGUACAAGCUCGGAUCCAUCGCUAGCUCUAUGGCUACCUUCAGGAGAUGCAUCAAGCAGUUCGGUGACACUUACUCGGAAGUCCACAACUACUACGGAGAGUUAUUGAUGGACCAGCAGCGUUUCGAGGAUGCUCUUGAAAAGUUCGACCGUGCUAUCGAGUUGGAGAAGGCUCACACCUCCAACAUGAACGUCUUGCCGUUAAUCAACAAAGCUCUUGUGACCUUUCAGUGGAAGAAGGACGUGAAGGAGGCUACUGUUCUCUGUGAGAAAGCUCUGGCUAUCGACCCCUCAUGUGACGUUGCUGUCGCCACCAUGGCUCAGCUCUUGUUGCAGCAAGGAAAGACCCGGGAAGCGUUGGAGUAUUUUGAGAAGAGCGCCGAGUUGGCAAGAACCCCUGCAGAGUUGGUGAAUGCGUUGUCCUACAAGCAGGCUACCAAGGUGCAGUUGCAGAUCGUUGAGACUUACCCACAAUUGGCUGAGAAGCUCGCUGCUACUGGUGCUGGAAUGAUCCAAGUUGACAAGGUUUAG